CCUCAUAUUUUGUUUUUGGAGGAGCAUAGAAGACUUGUUCGCGAAGGGGAAAAGUGGAUGAAAGACACUGCAUCUUCAUGUAUGGUUGUUGCAACACUUAUUGCAACCGUGAUGUUUGCUGCAGCCUUCACUGUACCAGAUUUACCACGAAUAAACGAGAAAAUAAAUCAUGAAGGAUUACACUGCUGCAUUAGGAAGCACCUCAACUGCAGAAAAUGUUCAGAUUGUGAUUGCUCCACCUUAUCAAAAAAUGGAUGAAAUUGAAAAAAAAAAUAGGCACUUCCAAUUGUGCUGGGCUGCAUUGGAAGGCGAUUGGAACAUUGCUGAAAGAAUCUACAAGGAAGAUAAUAUUGAUACACAAGUUAAGCUAUCAAAGGAUGGGGACACCGCUCUCCAUAUUGCAGCUGCAGCAAGGCGCACUGGUUUUGUGAAAAAGCUGCUUGAACAAAUGAAUAAAGACGAUUUAGCCAUAAAAAAUAAUGCUGGCAAUACGGCCUUUUUUCUUGCAGCUGCGUCCAAAAGGGUUGAAAUUGUCAAGGCUAUGAUGGGGAAGAAUGAAGACGUGGUAAAGAUUAGAGGAGACAAUGAUAUGUUACCGCUUCACAAGGCAGCUCUAGAGGGAGACAAAGAGAUGGUAGAAUAUCUUUACGAAGCCACUGGAGAUGAGUUAUUAGAUAAUAAUGAUCGCUUCCACUUGCUCAUCAAUCUAAUAAACCAUGGUUUGUAUGAUGUUGCAUUGGAUUUGGUGAAGAGGCAUCCACAGAUAGCUCUUGCACGUGGUAAAAAUAAGGAGACAGCAUUGCAUCUCUUGGCACGAAUGCCUGUAUUGACACGUAUUUUAGAUUUUAACUCCAUUAGACUUUGCAAAGAUUCAGCCAUCUACACGUAUAAUGAAGUAAAAAGAGACGUGAUAAAGAGAUGUCCUCCAAUGUUUGGGAGGCAGCGGAUGAAGGAGAGGAAUGAGCUGAGCUUGAGGGAUCGAAUGAAUGAGAGGGAUGAACUGAUGAAUGAGAGAAAGCAAAGGCUCGGGUGGGGGUAUCGGAUUAAUGAGACGAAACGUCAACUGCUUUAUACCGGUCAAGAGAUUCCCGAUUCAGCUUUUGAACUAGUUGAACGUCUUUGGAAACAAGUUAUGCUUUUGGAUGACUCCCAGAUUUUGGAAAUUAUUAGAAAACCUUGGUCUCUAAUAUUCGAGGCUGCAAAACAAGGAAACCUUCGGUUUCUAAAAAAAAUUUUCUCCACAUAUCCUGAUCUAAUGUUUGAAGUUGACGAAAAUCAUUACACCAUACUUCAUUUUGCUGUUAUGUAUCGUCGCCUUAACAUUUUCUACUUCAUUUAUGACAUCGGUCGAUUUAAGGAUAUGGUAGUUCAGGACACAGAUAAAGAAGGGAACAAUAUCUUGCAUUUGGCUGCAAAGUUGCCACCAAUAGAUAGACCUGAUAUUGAAUCGCCUGCAUUACAUAUUCAAAUGCAAAUUGACAAGUGGUGGUUCGAGGAAGUGAAGAGAAUUACGCAUCCAAUGUAUGCUGAAGCUAAAAAUAAAGAUGGGAAAACUCCUAGAGCUUUAUUUACUGAACAGCACGAAGAGUUGAGGAAUAAAGCUGAUAAAUAUACCAAGAAGAUAGCAACUGCAUGCAUCAUGGGGUCAACACUUAUUGCCACCGUGGUUUUUGCUGCACUUUUCACGUUACCAGGUGGCACCAAUGAAAAUACAGGGACUCCACAUUUUGUCCGAAGAGCUUCCUUCAUAGUUUUUACAAUAUCAGAUACUAUAGCAUUGCUAUUGUCCUCUUUCUCCAUAAUAGUGUUCUUAGCUGUUAUCUCUUCCCGAUGUGAAGAAGCAGAUUUCCUUAGCCGGGUGCCUUGUAAUUUGGCUUUGGGAUUACACUUACUUCUACUUUCCGUAAAAGCAGUAAUGGUGGCGUUUAGUGCAACUGUGUUCAUUGUCUUCAAAGAUGGGUUGCUAUGGACGCCUGUUCUUCUUACUAUAAUGGUUAUUUUCGCAAUCGCCACGUACGAUGGUAGAGCUUGGACUAUCUAUGGAGAAGUGAUGCAUUAUAUCUAUUAUAACAAAUGAGUCACUCAUUGUUUCUUAUCAUGAAUGUUAUAAGAUGUAAUAUUUAUCAUUUUCCGUUUUAUUAAAUCGGAAAUAGAUUACCCAAUUGUGGCGCUUUACAUUCUGUCUUAUUAGAACCAUGUCUUACUAAUUAGAUUGAUUGAUUGUUGAUCUUAUGAUGAAGGUACUACUAUGUUACCUUUAUUUGGCUUUCCUUGAAAAAAAAAUUAAU